AUGUCGGGGAUGCGAACGAGCAGCAACGCCGUCGGUGGGCGCAGCGCGGACCCUUCGAAGCCCGGGCGCCAGCCUCGACCGGGUCCGGGUUCCAGCCGCCCGCCGCCGGGCAAGCACCGCAUAGACGUGACGACCACGCGCGGUGGACUCGAGUUCCAGGUCUCCGUCAACAGCGCAGUGUGCCGCGGCCGGGUCACGCCGCUCAUCAAAAUCAGCGCUGUGGCAGCUGGAGAAUCCGUGACGUCGAAAACUUCUUCGGUGAGGUCCGAAGCUGUGGAACGUGCGUCGAGUUUGCCCAGGCCGAGACGAGCCGUCGGGUGCGAACCCGACGAGAAUGCCACCAGUAAGCCGGGACCCAGGCGGGCCAAGAGCCCACCGAAACCUCCGGUCGUCAUUGGGGUUGUCCCGAAGGCAACUUCGACAGCUGUCACUAAGCGUCGAAGACUUCCCGUCAAACCUGGUUCAGACGACGCAUCGUCGUCCGAUCAGCGAACCAGGUUGAAACCCGUGAAGUCAUCAAUACCUACAGUGACGACCAAAGCCCGCGUGAGAACUCUCCUAAAACCUAAUAACCUGCGGGCAGAAAUGAAGAAUCUGCCGGCAAUAGCCGAGAUUCGGAUUUCCUUCGGCGCUUAUAUAUAG